AAGGGAAACAAGAGUGAGUCUAAAUCGCAACCCCAGUUGGAGCCACUGUAACUGUUUGAACCGCUUCCUUCUCCCCUUCACUUCUUGCUUUAGACUCGCUACUUCUCUCUCUCUCUCUCUAAACUUUGAAAGUAUUUUCCACAAAUGAUAAGCAUGCCACGUUCACUCUCGCUCACAUUUUCACCGAAGUCUUUAUCUGAUCGGCAUUUCUUGCUUCACUUAAUAAUUUCAUGAUUCCAAGCUUGCCCAUUUUACAAAACCACCACCAGAACUCAUGGCUUGCAUGAAGCUUGGAGCUAAGUCUGAAGCAUUCCAUCGCGAAGGCCAAACUUGGCUUUGCACAACUGGGCUUCCGAGCGAUGUUGUGAUUCAAGUUGGGGAAAUGUCUUUUCACCUCCACAAGUUUCCGUUGCUUUCUAAAAGUGGGCUACUAGAGAGGCUUAUCGAAGAGUGUUCUAGUGAGGAAGGAUCUUCUUGUGCCUUGCAACUUCAUGGUGUGCCCGGGGGAGCUAAAGCAUUUGAGCUUGUAACCAAAUUCUGCUAUGGCGUCAAAAUAGAACUGACUGCUAUGAACGUAGUCAUCCUUAGAUGUGCAGCAGAAUACCUCCAAAUGACUGAAGAUUACGAACAAGGAAAUCUCAUUGCGCAAACAGAGGUUUUCCUUACUGAAGUCUUCAGCAAUUGGAGAGACUCCAUAGUAGCUCUUGAAACAUGCGAAGAAGUUCAACAAUAUGCCGAAGAGCUCCACAUUGCUUCACGAUGCAUUGAUUCCUUGGCUAUCAAAGCUUGUGCAGAUCCAAAGUUAUUCAGUUGGCCUAUAUUAUCAGGAGAAAAUGACAUGAAGAACCCAACAGCGUCAUGGAACGGAAUAACUUCUGAUGAUGCUAAGCCCCAACCUCUCGCUGAUGAUUGGUGGUAUGAAGAUGCAUCCUUACUUAGCUUACCUCUCUAUAAGCGAUUGAUUCAAGCUGUUGAAUUGAAAGGAAUGAGGCCUGAGAGUAUUGCCGCUUCUCUCAUAUUCUAUGUUAGAAAGUAUCUCCCCUUGAUGAAUAGACAAUCGAGCUUUCAUGACACAAACUAUGUAAACUCAGGCACCACCAUUUCUAACAUUUCUGAGGCAGACCAGAGGGCUCUACUUGAAGAUAUCAUGGGGUUACUUCCUCAUAAGAAAGGAGUCACAUCCUCCAAGUUUCUCCUUAGGCUGCUACGAACGGCUAUGAUCUUACAUGCAAGUCCGUCAUGCAGAGAAAAUUUGGAGAAAAGGGUAGGUGCCCAGUUGGACCAAGCCGUGCUCAUAGAUCUUCUCAUACCAAAUAUGGGCUAUUCUGUGGAGACUCUUUACGACAUAGACUGCAUUCAGAGGAUUCUUGAUCAUUUCAUGUCAGUAAACCAGGCUUCACUUGCCUCAUCUUCCCCAUGCAUAAUCGAAGAGGGGCAACUAAUGACUGGCACUGAUCCACUGACACCUAUUACUAUGGUAGCCAGUCUGGUGGAUGGAUACCUUGCCGAGGUAGCGCCAGAUGUUAAUUUGAAGUUACCAAAAUUUCAGGCACUUGCUGCUGUCAUCCCUGAAUAUGCCCGGCCAGUGGAUGAUGGCAUAUAUCAUGCAAUCGAUGUUUUCUUGAAGGCACAUCCUUGGCUUACAGAUGCUGAAAGGGAGCAACUCUGCAGACUCAUGAACUGCCAGAAGCUUUCUCUGGAAGCCAGUACGCAUGCAGCUCAGAACGAGAGAUUACCUCUUCGAGUAAUUGUUCAAGUCCUUUUCUUUGAACAGCUUCGACUCCGCACGUCAAUUUCUGGCUGGUUCUUUGUUGACAAUCUUGAGAACUCACAAAAUCCCAGCGGAAACCUUGGGCUCCCCGCCAAAAAUGAUGUGUCCGGUCAGGUGGACGCUCCACAAGACCAAGCUGUGGGUUUCGAUCAUCAUGACAUGAGGGAACGUGUAUUAGAGCUUCAAAGGGAGUGUUCAAGCAUGAAGAAGGAGCUCCAGAAGCUGGUCAAGACCAAGAGAAGUUGGAGCAUCCUUCCCAUAAGGUUAGGUUUUAGAAAAAAGUUGGAGCCUUGCAAUCCGAAAGAAUCGAAGCCCACAGAUCGGAUUCCGGUACCAACAUCAUGCUGCAAUGGACAACAAACUCAUGAAAACAGCUAGUGAGUGGCUCUCUUUCAACCUCAAGCCCUAAUUUUUGUUUUAAAUUUUUUAUUCAAUAUAUUCCAUUAUUUCUUGAAUGGUAGAAGUUGCUUAUUCUCUUGCAUCUGUAAAUUGGAUUAAGUGGUGCAUUGUUUAGAAGAAGUUAGGUUGUUAUUCAAUUCAAUCAAAUUAUUUACCUUGUUGAACAUAGGUGGCUGAAAUUAAAAAGAAUUUAAUUUCAUAA